AUGACUUCAGAUGCCUGUACUGGACAGUCUGGAUACAGUUGUACCAUUGAUAUCAGUCAUAUGAAGUUGGUGUCUGAUGUCUUGAAGGAAAGUCACUUCAUUGAUGCUGACUGGUUUGAGUUAGGAAUGGGAUUAAACCUACCUUAUCCUGGCCUGGCAAGCAUCAGAGCUAGAUUCACUGAUCCUUCUCAGUGUUUACUGGAGUGCUUGGGCUUGUGGUUGACUUCAGCUAAUAAUCGUACUUGGGAAUCAUUAGCUAGUGCACUUGAGAGAAUGAAUCAAUACACAGCUGCUACACUCAUCCAUGAUGAUCCUGCUAGUCAGAUAUUGCAGCAUUACAGUGAUAGAAUAUCACAAGUAUCUCUCACUGAUAGUUGUAUCCAGUUGUUAUAUACAGAAGGAUUAGUCACUGAGGAUACACAAAGAAAGAUUGAGAGAUGUGGUGGCACAUUAAAUAAAGUCCCUCUGGAUGAUGAGUUUAAAAAGUAUCUCCUAAGAUGCUUCCCUGGUUUGAGUGAUGAUAUAACAUCAGUUGAUGCUGCACUGGAUGCUGUUGAAAGGAAGUGCUCAAUCAUCAAUACUGCCCCACUGGAGGCCAUUACUAACCAUUACAACAUCACUGAAGCAAAAAAAAUGGUACAAGAAUAUAAAAAGUCCAUAAAAGAAUUCUGCUCUGAAAUAAAGGUCAAGUUCAUGCUUAACAAGAAGCUGUCACUAGCUGUCAGUUCACUCACUUGUGAGAGAGUGGAGUUUGUACUGGAAUGGAAACCUGAUGAACAUACACUUGAUGACAUUAGACGUCUCUUAGAGAAAGCAUUUGAAGACUUGGGCAAGAGAAUUAUUGUACGAAGCAUUCAUCGUGGGAACUCCAUCAUUAUCAUCUGUUAUGCUCCACAUCAUUUACUAGCUGCUCUUCUCCUGGAAGCACAAGACAACCUAACUGUCUUGAUGAAGGAAUUUAGUUUAAUUAGACUAACCAUUGGCCACUACACUGUCUACAAUAAAAGGAUCAGAUACAAAGUAUUGAAUAAUGAGUGUCUUGCAGAGGAGAUUAAACUAUCUGAUGAAGAGGAACAAGAACUAAAGACUUUACUUGAUUACAAAGAAGGAUCAAUAUUUGAACAAGAUAAACAACUGAAUAUCAUCAAAAAAAGAAGAGGACACUACAGACACCAGAGUCUAAACUGAAAGUGAAGCUACUGACUAAAGGGAAAUUGAUAAAUAAAAUAUUUAAAUCAAAGAAAUCAGAGACUCAGUAUUUCCGAACCUCUCUCCUAAUGAAAGCAGG